AUGAUGAUUUAUUUAACACGUUGGUCCAUGUUAUAUGCAAGUUUAUAUAUAUUAGUCUAUUUAAUUUAUCAAUCAAAAUUAAUAUGGACAUUAUCUAAUUCAUCUAUUUAUUCCUAUACAUAUACUACUUAUAUCCCAUCAGUAAUAUUCAAUAGUCAUGACUUAGUAGUAAAUAAGCAUCAUCAUCAUCAUCAUCCUAAACAAAUCCAGUUAAAUUGUCCAUUAAUUCAUGCCCAACAUGGUGAUUUAUUAAUGAUUUUUAAAUCAAAUUUACCUAUUCAUCAAGUGAUAUUAAAUGAGACUAAUUUCAAAGUUCAUUAUGCAUUGAAUAUUGAUCAUCAUGAUCAUAAUGAUUAUACUACUGAUUAUUGGUGUAAAUUACAUCGUACAAUAAAUAAUGAUUAUCAUAUCAUAUCAGAAAUUCAAUUAAUUCUUACAUCGAAUCUAACUUAUGAAACAUUUGUCUAUGAACGUAAAGAAACUCAAAUUGUUGAAGGUGUUUUAGGUGAGAAAUUAAUAGUGACAUGUAAUCCAACGACUUCUCAAAAUAAUUGGAAUAACAAAAGCGUCGUCUGGUAUCGAUUACCUGGUUUAAAAAUUAAUGGACAAACCAGCCCUAAUUUAUACAUUGAUAGAUUGACAAUUGAUGAUUUAGGUACUUAUUUCUGUUCAGAGCAUUCAACAUCAUUACAUCGUAACUUGCCAGUGCAUAAAAUUGAAAUAUGGUCACAUAAUUUUAUGUCAGAAAUUAAUUUUGGAAAAUUGAUUACCUCUGAAAAUCUAACCUAUUUUCAAUGCCCUAAUGUAUUCAAUGAAUAUACAUUUGUAAUAUGGGAAUAUCCUAUGGGCAAUGUAAUUGUGAAUGAAUAUGAUUAUAAAUUUGAACAUCCUUUACAAUUACAUCAUACUAAACAUCCAUUACCAAUAUGUCAAUAUGGUUGGAUUGAUCAAAUGAAUACAACAAUAGAUCAGCAUACUUAUUUAAAACGUGCACGUAGAUCCAUUGAAUCAAUUCCAUAUAUUACCAUCUCAAAAAGAAUUGAUCCUGAUGAUCCAACUGUUAUUUUACAAUGUCAUAUGCCGCCAAAUGAAGCAGAAAGUGUAUCAUUUAAUUAUCAGUGGUCAACAGUGGAAAGUGGAAAGAUUGGUGAUAGUGAAACAAUAGUUCGUCAACUAAUUAUUGAUCAUAUACCAGAUGAUGGUGUCAAACGAGAUACAUCAAUAACUUGUGAAGUAACUUCAUCUGAAACUGGAGAAAUUGUUGGUUCAAUUAAACUUGAUUUAGAACCUAAAUCUCUCAGUACAACUGGAAAGAUGGAAUUAUCUGAAACAACAACAGAGAUUUUCAGUUAUCGUAAUGGUGAAUCAUUGGAAUUACAUUGUGAAUUAGAAAAAGAUUUUGUUGGAACAGGAGAAAAUGUCGUCUGGACAUUCAAUGGAGGUACAUUACCAACUGGUACUAAUCGUUUAGAUAGAUUACGAACAAGUGUAAUUGUUAUUAAGGAAAUGGAAAAUAUCCAUGAAGGUCUUUAUGAAUGUCAACAAAAUUCGAAAAAAUUACGAGGUCAUAUCAUCAGAGCACCAACUAUUGUAACACUUAGUAUCCUACCAAAAGAAGAUGAAGCAUGGGCAAAUGCUGGUGAUAUUACUGAAUUUCAUUGUCGUUUAGAUGGUAGAGAACAUGGUAAUCAAUUAAUUGAUUGGUAUUUUAUACCAGAAGGUGAUGAUCGUGAAAUUUCACUACAUAAUGAUGUUAAAAUUGAUAAUCCUGAUGCAACACCAUCUACAUCAUUUUUAAGUAUAAUGAAUGUACAAAAAUAUCAUGAAGGUUUAUAUGUUUGUAGAGCAUUAAAUUUAAGGGAUACAGCUAAAUUAAUAGUGAAAACAAGAGAUUUGUCUGUAACUCCUGAAGAGGUUAAAGCACGUCCUGGAACAACUGUACAAUUUUUAUGUGAAUUAUCUACAAUUACCGGUAUGAAAGGUGGUAAAGUAUUCUGGAUGCGUACAGAUCGUCAAGAUUUACGUCCUGGUAAAGAAGAGGUGUUAGGAACAAAUGGUGGUAGAGCUUUGUUAAUUGUUAAAGAUGUUGGUCGAUUCGAUCAUAAUAUAUCUUACAUGUGUACAGAUGGUUAUAGCAAAGGUUAUGCAAAACUAUACGUUCAAGAAGUUUGUGCACCAGGAUUUCGACCAUUGGAUUGUGAAGAUGGUUAUGAUGAAAUUCCUUCAAAAUGUAGUGAAUGUGGAGUCAAUGAAAAUGUUUGUGGUAUUGUGAAUGAUGUGAAACCAUUGAAAAAUUGUUAUUUACAAUUUUGGCAUUGUGAUGGUGAAGAUGAUUGUGGUAAUAAUUAUGAUGAAUCUAAUUGUCUUGCACCAAGUGUUUAUGAUCAAUGCAAUGGUACACAUUAUACUUGUCCACAAGGUGACAAAAUGAUAGCUCGAGCAUUUAUGUGUGAUUCAGUGCCAGAUUGUGAACCAAACGGAGAUGAUGAAAGUGAAUGCAGUUAUCCAAGUAUCAUUGAACCAUCUGGAGAAACACAUUUAAUAGGUCAUCAAUCAGGAAAUUUAACUUUAACAUGUGUAGCAUAUGGUCGACCACCUCCUACUAUAAGUUGGAGAUAUAAUUGGGGACAUUUAAGAGAAGGUGUAAAACAUUCUAUUAAUUAUACAGUCAUAAAUUGUAAUAUGGCAAUAAGUCAUUUAACUUUAUACGAUUUGGAAUCACGUGCAAGUGGUUUAUAUACAUGUGAAGCUGUGAAUCGUGGUCGUGCAUUAGCACCAGAUUUUUUAGUUAAUGUAGCUAAAGGUGGUAUUUGUAAAGCUCCACAAUUUAAUGAUGCUGCAUGGUUUGAUGAUAUGUGUUUAACAUGUUAUUGUUCAAAUGUAACAGAUAAAUGUACAAGUGUAAAAGGUUAUCGAAAAUCACCUCAUGAUUUAAUGUUCGACUAUAAAACAACUCCAAUCAUAUUAAGUACAUAUAAUCAUGAUGGAAGUGUUGAAGAAGGUCAAGGUGUAACUGAAAUUGACGGUGAUAUACUUCGUAUACCUGAUGUUCCUAAUGAAGCAACAUUUGUUGAAAGUGAUUUUAAUCUUUCAGGUUCAUGGGUGAAAUCUUAUGGAUAUGAUAUAAUAUUAAAUCUUCGUUUAUUUGGUGAAAGUUUAAAUUAUCUACCUGGACCAUUUAUUAUCUUGAAUUCAACAGAUCGAUCAAUUUAUUGGUGUCCACCAAAUGAUCGUUUAUUAGUUCAUAUUAUACCAACUGGUUAUGAUAAUCAAAUUCAUAUACGAUUAACUGAACGUGAUAAAUGGUAUAUUGAUAAUAAAUUAUUAAGUAAUGUGAAAAAAAUUAGUUUACGUGUUAAAUAUUUUCAAGAUCAAACUACAUUAGAAUUAUUUAAUAUAAAAGUUGAACAUGCUAUUAAAUCAGAUGUAUCAGGACAAUGGGUAGGAGAAAUUGAAGAAUGUAUAUGUCCACAUGGUUAUGAAGGUCUUUCAUGUGAGAAAUGUGCACCGGGUUAUCAAAAAGAUCCUGAUAAUCCAUUAAAAUGUCGACCAUAUUGUGCUUGUGAUAAAUGUGAUACUGAAGGAAAUUGUAUUGAAUGUCCAGGAAAACGUGCUGGACCAAGAUGUCAACAAUGUAAAGAUGGUUAUUAUAGACCAGAUAAAAGUUUAUUAAUAACUGAUUGUCAACCAUGUGAUAUGUGUGGAAAUAAUUUACCAUAUGUUGUCAAGACAUGUCACUUUAAUCCACAAGUUGAUGAUGAUUAUUUUUGUAAAUGUCGAAUAAGUGAAGAUAAUAAAUUAAUAAAUCCUAAUUGUGAUCGUUGUCAAUUAGCAAUAGAUAGUGGUGAGGAAUUACCGGUUGAUGCAAAAUGUGAUACUAAACCACAACCAAUUGAUUGUCAUUAUCAUGGAACUCAAUUAACAUCAGAUAAUGGAGAUUGUCAAUGUAAAACCGGAUACACUGGUGUAAAAUGUGAUGAAUGUGAAGAAGGCUAUUUCAAUUAUAUGGGACAAUGUUUACAGUGUUAUUGUUCUGGGAAAACAUCAUCAUGUCGUUUAUCAGAUGAACAUUAUUUCUGGAAUAUAACAACGGAGGAUUCAGCUGGUUUCGGUUUUAAUGUUUGGCUUGGUCAACGAACCGAUAUGGGUGGAUUACAACGUAAUGAAUAUACACCAGAUGGAAAUCCACGUAUUGAACGUGAAUUAGAUAAUUUCUAUGUUAAAUAUCCAUUAAAUAAUAAAGGAAUAAUUCAUUUUGGUAUUAAUCUAAUUCCACCUAAACCAUCAUCUGUAACACAAAAUGAUGUAGCUAUUUAUAAAUAUAUGUAUGGAGGUAAAAUGUCAUUCAGAAUUGAUUCUAUCAAAUUGAAUCCAAAUGAAUUAACCCAACGUGAAGCAAGUGUUGUUGUAGAACUUGAGUCACCUCGUUAUGGACGUAUAUGGACAUUAGCAACAUAUAAUUUAACAACACAACGUUAUGAAAUAGAAUUUCAUGAAAAUUGGUGGCCAGGUGGUUGGCGUUUAGGUACACCAUUAACAUUAUAUGAUACACCAAUGAGCUUAACAAGAAAUCAAUUAUUAAGAUUCUUAGUAACAACAACAAAUAUUGGUAUUAUAACAAGUAGUGGAAAUAGUGAAUCAUUAAAUGAUAUCAAAUUAUCUGGUAUAUCAAUACAAAUUAGUAUACCAAUUAAAACAAAUGAACGUCAAUUAUUUGCUAAUGAACAAGGUUUAGCGAAAGCACCAGUUGAAAUAUGUGAUUGUCCAAAUCAAUCAACUUCAUCGAAUGAACGUGAAUUAUCACCAAGUUGUGAAGGUUGUACUGAUCUAUCAAAACAAACGGUUAUUCGUUUAGAACCUCUUGGUGAAGAUGUUCAAUGUGGAGGUUGUUUAGGUGAUAAAUGUAAAGAAUGUUCUGAAGGUGAAUAUAUUUAUGAUAUAUACAGUGGGAAACGUUUUGAUUCAUGUCAAAAAGCUGUUACCAUUGAUACUAAAUCACGUCGUAUUAUUGUCAAAUUAAGUGAACCAAUUAAUUUAAUGUGUAAAGCUACAUCCUAUCGUGGUGGCCUAGUAACACAUGAAUGGAUUACACCAAAUAAUGAAUAUGCUAGUCAACCAAUUAUUAGUCGACAAUAUUUAACUAAACCUAAUUAUUAUAAUACUAAAGAGAAUUUAACUACUUAUCAAUCAGAAGCUUUAUUACAAAUUAAAUUUGCUAAACCAGAAGAUGCUGGAGAAUAUAAAUGUAUUGCAAAAGGAAUUGGAACUGAAGUAAAAGAAACAUUUUAUGUUGUAGUUAUUGAUCCUGAUGUUGCAUCACUACCUGAUGUACCUGAAGAUGAUGAAAUCAAUCGAAAAUUCCCAUUACCUACACCACCAAUACUUGAUCCACCAGUUUUAACAGUUUAUGAAAUAAAAAAAGAUCCAGACAAUCCACAAAUAACGCUGAUUAGUGGUCAAGUGAAACCUGAAAUUUUAGAUACUCAUCAUACCAUUUGGUAUUCUAUUAAUGAAACUCUUAUUAAUGGAAAAACUGAAAUUAUAGAUACUGCACGUGGAGCAUUUACAGUUCAAUUAACAAUACCAUAUGAAACAAUUAAAUUAGGAAAUGAUUCAAUUAUAGGUUAUUUCAUAGGUAAAGAUCCUAUUUAUACACCUCAAUGGACAAGAAUGAUGAAACCAGUUAUUAUAGAUACAGAAGCAGAUGAAAUUACCCCAGAUGAUAUUAUUAAUCCACCAACUGAGAUAACUAUUCCAUUUAUGCAACCAUAUAUUGUGCAAGUAAGAACAAAACCAGGUAAAGAAGAUAUUAGUGUUAAUUGGAAGAAAAUUGGACCACUUCCUGAAACAAUAAAAGAAAAGAAAGAUGAUGAAGUAAAGAUAUUGGAUUCCGAUUCAACUCUCCCUGAAGGUACAUCACAAGAUAAAACGAAUUUGAAUAUUUGGGCUGCUGCUGAACAACAUGAAGGAAUUUAUGAAGGAAUUGUUUUACGUGAUAGAGAUGGUGUUGAAGUUAAACGUAUUCAAACAAUAAUACGUGUUCAACCAAUGACUAGUGGUAGUAAAACAGAAUUAGGUCUUGCUGAAGCAGCUGAACUAAUUGAAUCCGAAGUAGAUGAUGACGAUGAUGAGAAGGAAGAAGAACCGCCAACAUGGGAUUUUAUAGUUGGAGGUUUUACUCCUGAUGCUAAACAUUGUGAAACACCUACUUGGACAAUUGUUGAUUAUCAAUUAAACAAAACCACUGAUAUAUCUAACAAAGUUAUUCGUACAUCAGAUGAAAAUUUCCGUGUUAAUUAUCCAUUAACAAGUGGUUUAUAUUUACGAUUUCAAUGUAAACCAAUACCAAUGAGUAAUUUAACUGGUGAAAUUAAAUUUAAUAUAUCAUCACCGGAUCCAAGAAUUAUUCUUAAACCAAUUUAUGAUAAUCCAGAUUCAACAUUUCCAACAAGAUUGGUUUGUAUGGAUUUGAAUCCGGAAUAUGAUUCAUCAGUGAAUCUUAGUUCAUCAUCAAUGAGUCAAGAAAUGAUAUCUCAUGCAAUUACUUCAAGUGAACAAAAACUUAUUAUUAGAAAAGGUGAUAUACCUCCUAUACGUCGAUUAGAAAUGGAUUGGAGACGUAUUGGUGAAUUUGAUCCAUUUAAUGAUGAUGGUUAUUUUACAUGUUUUGUAAAUAAUACUGAAACAAAUGGAUCAAAAACUAUCAAAUUACCAAGUGAUAAAGUACCUAUUCAAUUACCGGAGGAUCCAUUUACCCGGUUGUAUAUAUAUUCACCUGAUACUUAUGUUGUUCCAGAACUUGAUGGAAGCGCAAAAAUAAUGAUUCCUGAAGGUGAACAAUUACGUAUUUAUUGUGUAUUUGAAGCUAGACCUUCAAGUGAAUUUCAUGGUUGGCGUGCAACAACUACAAAUAUUGAAAAUAAUUUAAAAAUUGAACAUAGAAUUUAUUCAUCAUUAGCACAAACAGAUCAUGUUAAUUUAAACUUAGAUGGACAAAAAAUUGAAUGUGUCUAUGGUGAAAGAACUAAACCAGUCGAAAUAUCUGUUAUUCCUAAGGAUGAACGAAAACUUCAUGCCAAAAUAUUGAGUGAUGCAUUUAUAAAUGAUCGUCUUGUCGGUAUUACUGGAAGUGAUAUGAAUUUGACAUGUGAUGUUAAACAUACAACUAGAAAACCAGUGACUAUAGAUAGAAUUGAUUGGUUUGUUCAAUAUCCUAAUGGAAUAAGACGUGAUAUUAAGCAUACACAAUUAGCAGAUAGUUUCUCAACUGGUCAUAAAGGUGAAUGGAUAUAUUUUACUAAAUUAACUGAUAAACCACAAGGUUUAAAUAUAUUUUGUGUUGUACGUUUAGAAGAUAUACAAAAAGCAACACAAGCCUAUUAUUCUUCACCACAUAUUAGUUUAUGGUUACGUGAACCAAAAGUAUUAGUCUUUAUUGAAGGACAAGAUCCUACAGGUAUAAUUACUGGAAUUGAAACAAAAACUGCUCAAAUUAAAUGUAUUGUUAAAGAUGCAUGGCGUAAUAAAACUGUAGAAGAAGCUGAUAUUGCAUGGGAGACAAAAGUUACAUCAAUUCAAGAAGAAUUGUCUAAUAGUAAUGAAAGAGCUAGACCACAACCAUCACCAAAUGAUUUACCAAUGUUAGGUGCUAAAGCUCUAUAUGAUACAAUGGUUAUAGCAGGUCUACGUAGACAACCUAAUUGGAUAGCUAGAUUUCGAUGUAAAGGAACCGAUUUAAAAAGUGGUGCAUAUGGAUAUUCUGAUUAUGUGAAAUUAGAAGUUCUAGCUGGUGAUACUUUGGAACAAAUUCCUAAACUUCGACUUCUUAGUCAUACUGAUCCAAAUUCCCCUUAUCCAAAUAAGGUGGAAUGUAUUGAUGAUAAUGAAAAGUAUGAAUCACAAGUCACUUGGACCCGUCAAGAUGAACCAAUUGAUCCAGCACAAAUAACAACAACUCCUAAUAAGGCUGUAUUAAAAUGGACACAUAAUGGAAUAGAUAAAUUUGAUCCUAGAAUGGAUGCUGGUAUUUAUACAUGUCGAUCAGUGAAUUCAUAUUCAUCAUCAGUGAAACAAGUAUAUAUUCCAUAUGAUUUAAUAGCGACAGAUUAUGAAACACCAAUCACUCCUGAAGUAAGAAUAUUAUCGAAUGUGAAUGAAAUAUUCCAAGAUUCUGGUGAUCGUUAUGUUCGUGUUAUUCAAGGGCAACCAUUUGAAUUAAUUUGUACAUUCUAUGGACAUCCUCCACCAGAAGGUGGUUUACAAUGGUCAAUUGAUAGAUUUAAUGGAACUCGUAAUUCUUUAAGUUCACAUUGGUUAUCAAUGCAAGGAUUAAUUAUACAUUCUGGUCGUCAUUAUUGGACAACAAUUGGUUCACCACAAUUUGAUGCUCUAGGUAGACAUACUGGUGUAUUUCAAUGUACUGCAUUGAAUUCUAUUGGUCAGAUAAUUGAAAGAGAUCAAGUUCGAGUAGAGCUUCAUAAAGUCUAUGUACGUAUUAAUGAAUUGAGUGAAUCCGGUUUAAUUGAAAAUCAAAAAGGUUCUAAUGGUACAAUUACAUGUAAUGCAUAUGAUGGUUACUUACAGUUUAUUCUACCGGAUGCAACUUAUACAUGGGAAGUGGAACGUAUUAAUGGUGAACGUGUUCAUCCAAAUCUAAUUGCUGAUCAAAUUGAAUUGAAUAAUAAUCAGUUGUAUUAUCAUGGUUUAUCGCCUACAGCAAAUAAAUUAAGAAUACGAUGUAUUGCAUCAAAUGAUACAGCUCGUUACAUUUCACCAGAUUUCAGUUUUCGGGUAUUUGGUAGUGAUAAAGCUGAACCAAUGAAAACAUCAGAUAUUGAACCAGGUGGAACAAGAUGGAUAAGUGGAGAUGGUGAAGAAAGAAUCACUUUGAAAAUUGGUGGAAAAAAUGAUUUAACUAACCAUGUUACAAUUAAAGAUGGUGAAAAUGUUCAAUUAAAUUGUACUGCUUAUGAUACAGUAACUGGAAAAGAAAUGACUGAUGGAAAUCUUCAUUUUGGUUGGAGAUUACUUGGUAUAUAUGGAGAAACAGUUCCAGAAGCUGGUUUAACCAGACAAUCAAUACAAUCUUAUACAAUAAACAAUGGUAAUACAGGGGUAUUGACUAUAGAAGAUACACGACCAUCACCAAAUCUACCACAACCAAGUGCACGUAUUCAAUGUUUAGCUACAUCAUAUAUUGAUGGGGUUACAUAUUAUAGUACACUUGUAGAUUUAAUAGUUUAUCCAGAAGAAAUCCCAGUAGAUCAUGUAAAAGAUGUGAAAGAUCGAGAAAAAUUGAAUCGUCUUUCUGUAAGUGUCGUUGGUCUAGAUGAUCGUGGAAGACUAUCAGGUACUGAAGGUUCUUCAGUAAAAUUAGAAUGUAUUGCUACAGAUCGUUCAACUAAACAACAUACAAAAGAAUCUGUAAUUUACGGUUGGGAAUUCAGUCGUUUAGAUGGUACACCAAUUGAUACAACAUCAUUAAUUGGAAUAGGAGAUAGAUUAAAACAAACAACAUCAAUUCUUGGCCGUUGUCGUGUAAUAGUUCCAUCAGAAGAAUCACUUGAUGAAGAUACUCAAUUAUCUCGAAGUGAAGAAGUAUUUUAUUCUCCACACUUCCGUUUCGAUAUCAUUGAUAGUGAUGGUACUGGACGUAGAGAUUUUAUUGCACCUACACAGCCAAUUGCGACAACAAAAGACAGUGAUAUUUUCAUUAAAGUUGAUGGAUUAGAUGAGAAUGGAGCAUUAUCAGCUGAUAAAGGAGAAAGUGUAGAAUUAAACUGUAUUGCAAUGAAUCAAACAACAAAUGAACCAAUUACUGAAGAGACAAUAACAGAUGUAGAAAUUAAUUAUGGCUUAGAAGUGAUACGUUUGAAUGGAUUACCAGCUUCUACGUUAGAAUUAGCUAAAAAUAUUGAGAUAGAUCCAGAAACUGGUAAAAUAAAAUUGAAUGAACUACGUAGUCAUUUGAAUGGUAAAGAUGUAAGGAAUCGUAUACAAGUUCGUUGUAUAGCUGAAAUCAAUUAUAAAUCAGAUAAAUAUCCUGAUCAAGGUUUACAACGUUAUGCUAGUCCAUAUUUCUUAGUCAAUGUACCAAAAGAUGUAGAAGCUUUGCCAGAUUAUAUAGAUGUAACACAUUCAAGAUAUGAAGUAACUGUUGGUGGAUUAAAUAAUCAAGGUGUGUUAAAAGUACAACCUGGACAGAAUAUUCAAUUAAAGUGCAUUAUUCGAGACAAAGAAACUGAUACACUAAUGGAUACAUUAACACAAAAUCAAUAUAUUGGAUGGCAAUUUCCUGCAUUACCCAGUGGUCAUCAAGUAAAUAUGGGUGAUUUUGCUACACGUUCUAAAGUACAAAAUGAUGAAUUACAUUUAGAAAAUAUACGUAAUGAUUAUCCAGAAAAUUUACAAGGUCGUUGUUGGUUUGAUGAUGGUUUCAUGCAUUUUUAUUCACCAUUCUUUCCUAUUGUUCCACCAAGUAGCGUAACAGAUGGUCGAGUACGAGUGGAAGUACAAGAAAUUGGAACCAGAGAUCGAAAAGAAUAUUUGUGUACUGCUUAUGAUUCAAGAACUGGUAAACGUUUAUCAAAUGUUACUUAUGAUUGGAAAUUCACUACACCUAAUGAUGAAAUCAUUCCAACUGUAUAUUAUUUCAAUUCAAUUGAAAGUUAUAAAAAUCGAUUAAAAUUAGGUUUAUUAAAUACUCAUAUUCAAUUACCGGAACAUUUAAAAUCAAUUCAACGUAUUGAAGGACGUUGUAUUGUAUUAGCUAAACAAUAUAUUGAUAAUACUAUUAUACCUAUGGAUAAUAUGAAUGAUAAAGAGAAACAAAUAAAGAUUAAUAUAUAUGAAUCAAGACCAUUUGUUAUUAUUAAUCCAUUGGCAAUAGAUCCAAAUGAUUUAUUAACUUCACCUGAUUCAUUUCCUAAAAGUCAUCGGUUAUAUGCUACUGUAGAUGGAGUGAAGAAUGGUGCAGUUGUUAGUCCAGUAGGAUCAACAGUUACUUUAACUUGUCAAGUUUACGAUUCUAUCAAUCAAAUACCAGUUGAAAAUUUAAAUUAUAAUUGGGAAAUAAAACGUCGUGAUGGUACACCAAUUGAUACAGCUGUAUUAGCUAGAGAUUAUAUUAAUGUGAAAGGUCCCGGUGGUAAUACAUUAAUUAUUGGUAAUCUACGUUUAUUAUCAGCUGGAUUAAUUGGAAGAUGUAUUGUAUCUAAUGAUAGUUUAACAGAUCCAACUAUAUCAGAUAUUGGUUUAUUAGGACCAAAUGAAAAAAUCUAUUCACCAUCAUUUGAUUUUAUUGUAACUGAUGAAACUGCAUCAGGAUCAUCAGAUGAUGUUAGUUAUAGAGGAAAUAAAGAUUAUGAAAUAGAUGGAAAAGAUUAUGAAGUUGUUAUUGAAGGUCUAGAUGAAGAUGGACGAUUAAAAGUAUCUAAAAAUGAUAAUAAAACAUUAACUGUAUUCUUAAAACAUAAAGAAACAGGUGAACAAAUCUAUCCAAGUCCACCAAAUACAUGCGCUGGAGUUGAAACUCGAUAUUUAAAUGGUUAUCCUGUACCACUUUCAUAUCUCGCUGAUACAUAUGAAUUUCAAUCAGAUAAUGGAAAAUUUCAUUUAUAUCAUAUGAAAGAGCCAAAUAUUUCACCAUUAGUACAAAUGCGUUUUAUUAUUGAACAAAAGAAAUUCGAUGAAGAUGGUAAACCAAAAGAUGUAAUUCGUUAUGCAUCACAAUAUAUUGAUUUACUUCCAAGAAAAGACGAUCUACCUGAACAAGUUCCAAUGGAGAAAAUUUAUCCGAUUAUAGAUGGUUUGAAUAAUUGUGGUAGAUUACCAUUAAUUAUUGGUAAUAAUUUAACUUUAAUAUGUCGUCCAAAUGAUACACGUCUAUUAUCAGAACCUCUAUUAUAUGAUUGGGAAAUAAGAGAUAUGUAUGGUCAUGUAUUACCACGUGUGAAUUUAUUAGCUAAAGCAAUUAAACAAGAAAAUAAUCGUUUAAUAUUAAUUGGAAUAAUGGAACCAAGUAUUAAAUCAUAUGGUCGUUGUAUCAUUAUGAGAAAAACUGGUAUACAAGAUCGUUAUAGUUCAGAAUAUUUUGAAAUUGGAGAACAUGGUUUAGAAUGUGAACCAAGUGGACCACAAAUUAUUACUGAUAUACCUGGAUAUAUACCUAAAUCAAAUGAACGAUAUGAAGUUCUUAUACGAAUUGUUGGUUUAAAUGAAAUGGGUGAAGUGAUUGCAAAACCUGGUGAUGAUAUUUCAUUAAAAUGUUUAGCAUUGAAUGCUAGUACUAAAGAACCAAUUCCAAAUGUUUCAACUGGAUGGAAUUUUAUGAAUGAUUAUGAAGAAAUAGUACCAAUUGGUAAAUUAGCUUCGAUUGUUCAAUUAAAUGCUGAUAAUGAAUUACAAUUAACAAAUUUAUAUGAAAAUCCAAAUUCACGUGGUCGUUGUAUGAUAACAUUAGAUCAAAAAGUCACAUUAAGUUCACCAUAUUUUAAAUAUCAUGUCAUUGGAGAUAGUGUAUCACCUCAUAUACCAAUUAGUCCAUCAUAUUCAGAUAAACGAGUUCGAGUUGAAAUUAGUGGAUUAAAUGAACAAAAUCAAAUUAGUGUUACACGUGUUGGAGAUGAUGCAACAUUAAGAUGUCAAGCAAUUGUAGUAGAUACUAGUUCACCAUUAUAUCCAACACAUGGUAUACGUUAUGGAUGGGAAUGGCGUUACACUGAUGAAGAUCCAGUUUCAACUAGUAAUAUAGCAGUAAGCUUAGAAACAAAUGGUGAUCGUUUAGGAUUACGUGGUAUACGUCCACCACCUGGUACUAAAGGACGAAAUGUUAAAGGACGUUGUAUUGUUCAUGUACCAGCACAACAAAUUGAUCCUUCAUUAUCAGUUAGUGAUGAAUUGGUCUAUGGUUCAGAUUUCUUUUCAAUAGAUGUUGCAAGAAAACCAACAACUAUUGAUCCACAGUUAAUUCCGAUUCCAGGAAGAGAAUCAGAUAAUAUUGAAAUAGCUGUCGAUGGAUUGGAUAAUGAAGGUUAUUUAGUUGGCAAUGAAAAAGAAAGCGCCAGCGUUGUAUGUGAAGCUAGAAAUCGUACCACUAAACAACGAUUAUCAACAGAAGGUUUACGAGCAGAAUAUGAUGUGAUGUAUGGAUGGGAAUUUUCUGAUGUAACUGGUCGUUCAGUAGAUUCUAGUCUAUUUGCUAAUAGUGUAUCAAUGGAUUCAUCAGGAAAUUUACGUUUAAGAGAUUUAGUUGCACCAAAUCGUGGUAAUUUACCAUUUAAAAUUAGAUGUACCGCUGUUGUUAGUAAACGACCAAGUAUACCAGAUGAAAAGCCUUCUUCACCAAAAUUAUAUACAUCAGAUUAUUUUGGAAUGGAUGUAAGACGAAGUGAUGGUACAUCGACAAGAACUGGUGAAGAAGUUGAUAUCAAAGGAAGCUUGAUCAAAGUGAAAAUUGAUGGUUUAAAACCAGAUGGAACAUUUACAACUCAGCUUGGUGAAAAUGCGAGUAUUAUGUGUACAGCUGUUGAUUCGAACACUGAUGAAACAGUUCAAGACGUAAUUAUCGGAUGGGAUAUACGACGUUCAAAUGGAGCAAUUAUUAAUUUGGGUAUAUUAGCUGAUCAAGUUAUGCAAGAAUCUAAUAAACUUCAAUUCUAUUCAAUGAAAUCACUUAAUUCAUUUGCUGAUGAUAUUCAUGGAAGAUGUAUAGUUUAUCGGGGUAAUCAAAUUUAUCGAUCUGAUUACUUUAAAAUUAAAGUAUCCACUUUACCUAAAGAGGUGGAUGUUGAAGGUGAUGGUCGUAUACUGGUACGUUUAGUGGAUAUUUCACCAACGGAUCGUAAAAUUUUAUUGAAAUCUGGUGAAUCUGAAACAAUUCGUUGUAUUGGUAUUGACGCUCGAACUGGUGACCGAGUAGAUGAUUUAAAUUAUGGAUGGGAUUAUUAUUAUACUCAAUAUGAAACAUCAUCCUCAUCAACAACAUCACCUUUUCGUGGUUCACUUGGUCCAUUAGUUUCUAAAUUAGAAGAAUCACCUGAUGGUUAUUUAUCGAUUUUAUUAAAUGAUGAUUUAACUCAAAAAGAUGGAGCUUAUUUAAGAUGUCGUUUAUCAAAUGGUACAUCAAUUUAUACAUCACCAUAUUAUCGAUUAGUUACUGAAACUGAUGAAGAAGUAUCAGAAGUUAUUCCAGUGAUCACUCCUAGAUAUCUUAUUACUGUACAUGGUUUAGACAAAGAUGGUCAACUUCAAAUUAAACAAGGAGAUAACGUCUCACUGGAAUGUUCUGCUAUUGAUAUGACAACAAGAAAACCAGCUGAAAAUGUCAUCUAUCUAUGGGAUUUCCAAGAGCCUGGAGUACAUCAUCCAAAAGGAGAUUUUCAAUUUAUACAAAAUCAGUUAACAAUCACUAAUCUAGAUUCAUUAUCUGGUACUGUUAAAGGACGAUGUAAAGUUUCUUAUGAAGGAUCAAAUAAAUGGGAUAGUUCACCAGAUUUCUUAAUUCAUUUGGAGAAAGAUAUCAUAGAACCUGAACGCAAACCACCAACAUUAGAUGAUGUAGAAAAACUGAAGGAAUAUGAAGAAAGUAUCAAACGGAAAGGCAUUAAAGAAGCUGAUGAUACAGAUGAUCGUAUUCUUGUCACGGUGAACGGUUUAAAUGAUGACGGGAAUUUGAUUGGAGCGGCUAAUGAUGAAAAAACACUUAGUUGUAAUGCUGAAGUUAAAGAAGGUGUCAACUCUGCAAUAAUUUCCUAUAAUUGGGAAUUGAUGGAUUCCAAUGGAAAUCUUAUAUCAUUAAGUCAUUUAGCUGAUGAUGUUAGUCUAUCUAGCAGUGAUGGUGUAUUACGUUUAAAUAGUUUACGUGUUAGUCAAUUAUCAGAACAAGGCAAUUUGAAAGGACAUUGUUUUGUGAUUGCUAAUAUCACCAAAACAUUGAUCAUGUUAGAUGGAAUAGAAAAAGAGAAAACUGAACAACUUCUAUAUCAUUCAAAAAUGUUUGGUAUUGCUAUUACAGAAGAUGGUACUUAUACAGGACCUAUUGGUGGAUCAGAUUUGAAUAGUAAUAAAGUUCGUGUUGGCGUUGUUGGUUUAACAACAUCAGGACAAUUGACAGCAGAGUCUGGUGAUAAAGUGAAUCUUCAAUGUUAUGCAAUUGAUACACAAACUAAUGUACCAUUAUCAGAUGCUAUAUAUGCUUGGGAAAUUCGUGAUCGUAAUGAUCAAUCUAUAAUGACUGAUACAAUAGCUCAAAUUGUAUUACGUUCAAUCAAUGUCAUUAGUUUUAUACAUCUUCGUCCAACCGAUCAUUUACAAUGGAGUAAACAUUUAUUUGGACGUUGUUCAGCUUAUAGUCCUGAAAAUAAACAUAUAUAUUAUUCAGAUUAUUUCCAUAUCAAUGUUCGUCAACCAUCGAUUGAUGGAAAAACUGGACCCGACAAUCAUAUACACGUUGAGGUUACAGGAAUUCCUUCGAAUGGUGUUUUAUCAGCAGAAGAAGGCGACAAUGUAAACUUGGAAUGUCGAGCUGUUAAUAUUACAGAUAAUACUCCAAUUACUUCGACUGAAGCAAUUUAUCAUUUUCAAUUUGAUGAAGCUGCACCAGAUAGAGAUGAUACAUAUGGGGGUUAUUUAGCUGAUGAAAUUAUACAAGAACAAUUAUCUAAUGAAAUUGGAGGUAUUAAAUUGACAUUAAAUGGACUGAAUUAUGGUAAAUGGCAUAGAGGACGUUGUGUUGUCACAUUAAUACAAAAAGAUUAUGAUAAAGAAUUAAAAGAACCAAUUAAACGUUAUACAUCGAAAUAUUUUUGGUCAGAUAUUAGACAUAAAGGUGAAGUAGAACUUGAAGGAUUUGAUCCAAAGAAACAGAUUACAACUAUUCAGGGUAUAACAUAUGAUCCAAAUGUUCUUGUCAAAGUUUAUGGUACAAAUCCAAAUGAUACAAUCACUGUGAAACCUGGUGAAAAUAUCGAAUUAGAUUGUUAUGCACUUGAAUCAUCAACUGGUGAGCCAAUAAAAGGUAUGAAUUAUGCAUGGGAAUUACGUACUUAUGAUAAUCAACCAAUACAUACAAAUCGUCUUGCUAAUCAAUUAUUAAUUGGUGCUAAUCUAUCGGAAAAUGGACAAAAACUUCAAUUAAAAGGUUAUCGAUCCAGUGGUGAAGGUAUACGAUUAAGAUGUUUGGCUAAAGGAACUGAACAAGUAGAAAAUAAGAUACGUCAAGAUCAAACUUAUGCAUCACCAGUUUAUACAUUUGAAACUAUUAAACAAUUUGAAGAUAUUGACAAGAAACCUGACAUUGAAAGAAAGCGUUAUGAACCAAGUCAAUUACAUCCUGAAGUUGUUGGACUUAAUGCUGAUGGAACAAUGACAGCUAAAGAAGGUGAAGAUGUAAAACUUCAAUGUCAAGUUGUCGAUUCAUCUAAUGGAAUUCCAAUAAAAGAUGAACAAUUCAAUAUUGGUUGGACAAUAGCUACUGGACCAGAUGGACAACCGAUACCAUUUAAUAAUUUAGCUAAAACAAUCAUUAUUAAUAAUGAAGAAUUAAAUUUAAAUCAAUUAAAUCCAGAAAAAUAUGAAAAUCAUACAGUGAUAUUAAAUUCUGAUGUAUUUGUUAUACAUGUCAAUGCAAAACAACCAGAUAUUCAAAUAAUAGAUUCAAAUAUAGAAGAUGAGAAAACACCAUAUAGACAAUGGAUACCAGGGAAAGAUCCUAAAGAUGCUGUGAUUGUAAAAGUUUAUGAAUUACGACCAGAUGGAAGUGUCAUUGUACCACCAGGUGGUAAUCUAAAACUUAAUUGUUUAGCUCUCGAUGCAGUUCGUUUAAGACGACUUACUUCUACCGAUCAAAUACCACCACUUUUCACUUGGGAAUUACGUUCAACUAUUGGUGGUCAACUAAUACCAUAUACUGAACAAGCUAGUGGUUCUAUAAUUAUAAAACAACCAUUAAAAGAUCCUAAAACAGCUGAAGAAGUUGGUGUUAGUACAAUGGAAUUACAAACUAUACGAUUACCUGUUGAUGCUCCAAAUGGUGUAUGGAGUCGAUGUGUUGUACAAAUAGGUCAACAAGUAUUCACUUCACCAUAUUUUCAUAUUCAAUUACAAAAAGAAGCUACCAUAGAAACAUAUUCACCAUUACCAAAAUCAUAUUGGUCUGAUGAUAAGAAUAUUGAAUUAAUUGUAAAAGGAUUAGAUGCUGAUGGGAAUAAAAUUGUUCAAGAAGGUUCAAAUAUUGAAUUAACAUGUGAAGCACGAAAUACAAAAACUCAAGAAAUAUUAAAAGAGGAUCAAAUUUUAAUUGGUUGGCAAUUUAUUGAUCCGGAAAAACAUACCUAUUUAAUUCCAUGGUCUAAUAAUGCACAAAUCAGUGGGAAUAAUUUAACAUUAAAAGAGAUUGAAAUACCUGGUGAACAAGAUUACCGUUGGAAUGUAUGGGGUUAUUGUGUUGGUGAUAUUCAAGAUGAUAAUCGUAUAAAACAUUAUCAAUCAGAACCAUUUAAUAUAGGUGUAAUAUCUGAAGAAAUUAGUGAUAUGACUACAGAUACCCCAUUAAUAAGAAAAGAUGGUGUUUAUGUUCAAGUUCAAGGAAUAUCUGAUGAUGGAUUAUUUACUGCAACAGAGGGUAAUGAUGCAGAAUUAAUGUGUCAUGCAAUUGAUCAUAAUACUGGUCAACCAUACAUUAACAGUAAAGUGACUUAUGGAUGGGAUUGGCGUCAAAUCGAUGGUGAAUUAGCUGAUAUCAGUGAAAUUGGUGAUAUAAUAACAACUGAAGGAAAUAAAAUGAAGAUUACAAAUAUUAAAUAUAAUACACCUAAAAAAGGUCGAUGUCUUAUAACAAUAUGGCCUAAAGAAGAUAACUUCACUGAACAAUCACCACAGACAUAUUCAUCUGAUCUAUUUUUUACAAAUAUACAACCAUUGAAUACAAUUCCUAGUCUACAACCAGAAGAAAUACUUCCAGUUGAUGUAUCAGAUGAUAAAGUGAUAAUUGACAUUAUACCUAUGGAUAAUGAUAAACAACAAAUUAGUUUAACUAUAAAUGAUGAUAAAACUGAUGAGAUUCGUGCUAUUGCAAAAUUAGCUACAACUGAUUCAUCAUUAGAUGAUACAACAAAUCCACAAUUAAUUCGUUAUUCAUAUGAUUUAGCAUAUAUUAGUGGUUUACCAGCUCAUAUUGGUGAAUUAGGUGAAUCAAUAUUAUUCAAUAGUAAAAAUGGUAGUUUAAUCAUAAUGAAUCCACAUUAUACAACGAAACCAUUGAAAAUACGAUUUAAUGUUAUUGUGAAAUCUAUUGAUGAAUUGAAUAAUAACGUGAAUGAACAAGAACCAAAUGAAUUAGAUAAUAAACAAAAGGAAUCUAAUUAUCCAUUGAAAAGAUAUCGAACAGAUUAUUAUCCUAUUGUUAUUAUAUCAGCUAAUGAAAAUGAAAUACCAAUUUGGUCAAAACAUCCUGUACCGGUUUAUGAUAUAAGUGGUAGAUCAAUCAAGGUACAAAUUGAUGGGCUUGAUGAUAAUGGCAAUGCAGCUGGAAUACCUGGAGAAGAUUUGAAAUUAACGUGUUUAGUACUAGAUAAUUUUGAUUUAGAAGUAGAUUUAAAAAGUUCCAGUUAUACAUGGCAAUUUAUUGAUCUUUAUAAUAAUCCAAUUAAUCCUAGUCGAAUUGGUCAACAUGUUGAAAUACAAAAUGGACGUAUACUUUCUAUUAAACAUUUACAUCCAUCUAUUAUACAAGAUCAUAUACGUGGUCGUUGUAUUAUUAUUAUGAGUAUCACAACUGAUCAAAGUGAAGAAUCAGCUGUAACUAUUGUGACAGAAUCUAUUGAAGAAACAACUAUAUCUGUUAAAGAAGGUGAAAAAGAAGAAGAAGAAGAACAAGUAACCGAAUCAAUACAAGAUCGUAAUUUCCAUUUGAAGAUUGAUUCUUCAACAAAUACCAUUUAUCCUAUGGAUAAAUCAAAGUAUACAAUUCUGGCACGUGUUCAAAGAGCACUAGACUUAAGUUGUCAAGCUGUUUUCACUGAUAAUCCACCAGAAACUAAUGAUCAAUUCCCUAAACUUAUAUGGUAUUAUCGUCAACCGGAAAUUCCCGGUGAUGUACCUAUUCCAUCACAAUUAUUACCAAUAAGUCCACCACGUAUGGAAACAUUGUCGAUUCUACCACAGACAGAUUAUAAAAUAGCAAUAUCUUCUGAUACAUAUACAUUUAGAGAUGAUAAUGCUGAAUUUCAAUGUCAAGCUUUUAUGAAUGAUGAUGAACCAGUGGAUAAAAUAACUAUUUUCAUACAGAAAAUUCGUGAAAUGUUCAAUGUAAGAGUAUUCGAUGAAGAAUCACGUAGUAAAUUGUAUGUAUUUACUGGUACCUCUAAAACAUUAACAUGUUAUGUUGAUGAUCUUAUUACUGGUGAACGUGUAGAACCAUCAAAUUAUCAAUGGGAAAUGAAUUUAGGUAAUGAAAAUGGUAUAUGGAUAAGAGAUUCUGAUCCAAGACAAGGUGCUGAAGAUAUUUCUGGUUGGAGAUCUAAUCAAUUACAAUUAAAUAAGUUACGUUUACCAAGUACAACUAUAUCAGAUGAAUCAAUUUAUGAAGUACGAUGUAUUGCAUCAUAUAAUGAUACUUAUAAUACAUCAUCACAUCCAUUUAUUAUCAAUGUGAGAAAUAAACCAAUGAUUAAAUCAAUACGUAUUGAUCGUGUAAAACCAGAUGAAUCAAUAUUAGAACCAGUUGAUAUGCCUAAAGAUUCAUAUGAUUCAACACAAGAUUAUGAACUUGGUUGUAAACCGGAAGUAACUUCAGGAGAAGCUGUAGCGACAUGGUUUAAAUGUCAAAAUGAUGAUUGUAGUUCAUUAAAAGAAAUUGUAUUAACUGGUGAUAGAUUAUUCUAUUUUGCUAAUUCAACUAGGUAUAUAGAUGAAGGUCGAUUUAGAUGUCAAGUUAGUUUACAAUUAAAAGAAUAUAACUUUAAACUUAUUCAAUAUCAAGAUGUGAUCAUUAAACGUCAAGCUGCUCCAGCAAUUUAUAGCAGUGGAUCAAUCACUUAUACAACUAAUGAUGAAAUGUCAUUACAAUGCACUGAUGAAUCAUCUUCACCUGAAUCAAAAGUAGAAUGGACAUUUGAACCUUCUGGUAAACCUCCUCCUGAACGUAGAUUACCAAAAUUAAUCGGAAAUACAUAUGCUUAUGGAAGAAUUUAUAUAUUUGCAAUUGCAAGAGGUCAAUUAAUCCCAGAACAUUCAGGAAAGUACACAUGUAUAGCUACAAAUCCUUAUGGAACAGCUAAUAGUUCAAUUACAGUAACAGUAACUGAAGAUCUUUCACGUGGAAAACUUCGUUUUGUUCGAAGAAUUAUUCGUCGUGCAUUUGCUGGUUAA